AUGGCGGCAGCAAGCGAGGUCGUCAUAUUUUUCAAGACCAUGCAAGCGGCGCGAUGCCCGACGGACGAGCUGUCGCUGACUAACUGUGCUGUGGUGAGCGAGAAGGAUCUGCAGUCGGGACAACACGUGACCGUGAAGACGACGCCCAACCACAAGUUCGCUUUUACAGUCAAGACUCAUCACACUGUGGCACCUGGAAGCAUCGCCUUCAGCCUGCCGCAGAGGAAAUGGGCGGGACUCUCCAUCGGUCAGGAGGUGGAAGUUUCCAACUACAACUUCGACAAGUCGAGGCAGUGCAUCGGCUCCAUGACGAUCGAGAUCGACUUCCUGCAGAAGAAGAGCACCGACUCUUCUCCCUACGACUCCGACAAGAUGGCCGCCGAGUUCGUGCAGCAGUUCAACAACCAGGCGUUCUCCGUCACUCAGCAGCUUGUGUUCAGCUUCUGUGACAAGCUGUUCGGUUUGAUGGUGAAAGACAUCGAGGCGAUGGACGCCAGCAUCCUCAAAGGAGAGCCGGUCACCGGGAAGAAGCAGAAGAUCGACGUGGGCCUGAUGGUGGGAAACAGUCAGGUGGUGUUUGAGAAGGCCGAGAGUUCUUCCCUCACACUCGUUGGAAAGGCAAAGACCAAAGAGGCUCGACAGACCAUCAUCAACCCCGAGUGGAACUUUGAGAAGAUGGGAAUCGGAGGUCUGGACCGGGAGUUCUCCGACAUCUUCCGCCGAGCCUUCGCUUCCCGAGUCUUCCCUCCGGACAUCGUGGAGCAGAUGGGGUGUAAGCACGUGAAGGGCAUCAUGCUCUUUGGCCCUCCUGGCUGUGGUAAGACACUGAUGGCCCGGCAGAUCGGCAAAAUGCUGAACGCCCGCGAGCCGAAGGUCGUCAACGGGCCGGAGAUCCUGAAUAAGUACGUGGGCGAGUCCGAGGCCAACAUCCGGAAGCUGUUCGCAGAUGCAGAGGACGAGCAGAAGAGGCUGGGAGCCAACAGCGGCCUCCACAUAAUCAUAUUCGACGAGCUGGACGCCAUCUGCAAGCAGAGAGGCACGGGCGCCAGCAGCACGGGCGUGCACGACACGGUGGUCAACCAGCUCCUGUCAAAGAUCGACGGCGUGGAGCAGCUGAACAAUAUCCUGGUCAUCGGUAUGACCAACAGACCCGACCUGAUCGAUGACGCCCUGAUGAGGCCCGGCAGGUUCGAGGUCAAGAUGGAAAUCAGUCUGCCCGAUGAGAAGGGCCGGGUCCAGAUCCUGACCAUUCACACCAACAAGAUGCGAGGCUUCAAUCUUCUGGCCACUGACGUGGACAUCACGGAGCUGGCGGCUGAGACCAAGAACUACAGCGGAGCCGAGCUGGAGGGUUUGGUCCGGGCGGCUCAGUCCACGGCCAUGAACCGGCACAUCAAGGCCACAUCCACAGUGGAGGUGGACAUGGAGCGAGCGGAGAAGCUGAAGGUCACCAGAGCCGACUUCCUGGGAUCCCUCAACAACGACAUCAAACCCAUGUUCGGUACCAACACGGAGGAUUACUCCAGCUACAUCAUGAACGGGAUCAUCAAGUGGGGCGACCCGGUGACUCACGUCCUGGAUGACGGAGAGCUGCUGGUGCAACAGACCAAGAACAGUGACCGCACCCCCCUGGUGGCUGUGCUAGUGGAGGGCCCCCCCCACAGUGGAAAGACGGCCCUGGCAGCGAAGAUCGCCGAGGAUUCUCAGUUCCCCUUCAUUAAGAUGUGCUCUCCAGACAAGAUGAUUGGACACUCGGAGAUCUCCAAGUGCCAGGCAAUCAAGAAGAUCUUCGAGGAUGCCUAUAAGUCCCAGCUCAGCUGUGUGGUGGUGGAUGAUAUUGAGCGUCUGCUGGACUACGUGCCCAUCGGUCCUCGAUUCUCUAACUUGGUCCUCCAGGCUCUGCUGGUGCUGCUGAAAAAAGCUCCACCCAAGGGUCGGAAGCUGCUGAUCAUCGGCACCACCAGCAGGAAGGACGUGCUGCAAGAGAUGGAGAUGCUGGACGCCUUCAGCACCACGAUCCACAUCCCGAACAUCUCAACCGGGGAGCAGCUGGUCGACGCCCUCGAGCUGCUCGGGAGUUUCUCGGAUAAAGAGCGAGUCAGCAUCGCUCAGCAGCUCAAAGGGAAGCGAGUGUGGAUCGGCAUCAAGAAGCUCCUGGUGCUCAUCGAGAUGUCACUGCAGAUGGAACCGGAUUACAGAGUGACCAAGUUUGUGACUCUGCUCAGAGACGAGGGGGCGUUGAAUGAAGGAGAUCAGAUCAGAAUUUAA